GCCAGACUUAGAAUGGCUACGUUCCUCCCAAGUUAGUGUCAGGAGACUCUGAGGGCAUCAGAGGUCCUGCCUCUGACUGUGGGGGAGCAUUCUGAGAUCCUGUAACCUGUUUCUACAUUCCCUAGAGUUCUGCCUUCAGCCACAAGAUGGAUGGCCUGGAGACAGCCCUACCGAGUCUGACUGACAACGCCUCCCUGGCUUACUCUGAGCAAUGUGGCCAAGAGACGCCCCUGGAGAACAUGCUCUUCGCCUGCUUCUACCUCCUGGACUUCAUCCUAGCUUUUGUGGGCAACGCUCUGGCCCUCUGGCUUUUCAUUUGGGAUCACAAGUCAGGCACUCCGGCCAACGUGUUCCUAAUGCACCUGGCUGUGGCUGACUUGUCCUGUGUGCUGGUCCUGCCUACCCGGUUGGUUUAUCACUUCUCUGGCAAUCACUGGCCUUUUGGGGAAAUCCCGUGCCGACUCACUGGCUUCCUCUUCUACCUGAAUAUGUACGCCAGCAUCUACUUCCUCACCUGCAUCAGUGCUGACCGCUUCCUGGCCAUUGUGCACCCAGUCAAGUCCCUCAAGCUUCGAAGACCUCUCUAUGCCCACCUGGCCUGCGCCUUCCUGUGGAUCGUGGUGGCCGUAGCUAUGGCCCCACUGCUAGUCAGUCCGCAGACUGUGCAGACCAACCACACGGUUGUCUGCCUGCAACUGUACCGGGAGAAGGCCUCCCAUCAUGCCCUGGCUUCCCUGGCUGUGGCUUUUACCUUCCCCUUCAUCACCACGGUCACCUGCUACCUGCUGAUCAUUCGCAGCCUCCGCCAGGGUCCCCGUAUAGAGAAGCACCUCAAGAAUAAAGCCGUCCGCAUGAUUGCUAUGGUUCUGGCCAUCUUCCUGAUUUGUUUUGUGCCCUACCACAUCCACCGUUCAGUCUAUGUGCUUCACUACCGCGGUGGUGGGACUUCGUGCUCGGCUCAGCGUGCCCUGGCCCUAGGGAACCGGAUCACCUCCUGCCUCACCAGCCUCAACGGGGCCCUGGAUCCAGUCAUGUACUUCUUUGUGGCUGAGAAAUUCCGCCACGCCUUGUGCAACUUGCUCUGCAGCAAACGGCUCACAGGCCCUCCUCCCAGCUUUGAAGGGAAAACCAACGAGAGCUCCCUGAGCGCUCGAUCUGAGCUGUGAGCCCGAGCUGGGCGAGCCUCGGGGAGGUCCUGUCACCGGGCCAGCUGUACACUGUUGCAGGAAGACUGGCUAUUGACUGGGGUACACGCUACCAGAGCCAGUUAAAGAAGUCUAUCUUCCCUCACUUCCUGAGCAAACAAACGGAAGCGCCAGGAGUUCUCACCCUGCUCCAAGGCCUCAACUGCAAGGCCAUCCAGUCUGAGCAAAUCUAUCCAGAGGGAGGACUAACUACGGGGCUGCCUGCCCACCCCUCCACAGGACUGGAUUGGCCUGGCUUCUGCACGGCUCCCAGACACUCAGUGACUUCACUGGUGCUAAAUAGGGAAGGGAGCCACAGGGACAUUUCUGGAACAAUGGGAAUCUUUCUUCUCUACUAAACUUCUAGCUUCUUUGAUACUACAGAGGCCCACAGACACAAAGCCCUACAGAAUAACCCAGAGAGCAAGCUGCCCAAGGUCCAGGAGAAGAGGCAGCACAAAUGCCAACGGAACUGGAUGGACGUUUAAUAUUUCCUUUGAAGUGUAUGGUAUAUCGAAUAUUGUUUAAGGUGCCUUUGCCCCCAUGAUCUCUGUCUGAGUUUAGGGGACACAGACUCUAAUGACAGCCACAUGUGAGUAUAUUUCAGACUGGCUGCUUGUAAGCCCAGCAAAUAGAGUUCUGGACUCCGCCCCUCUUGCAACCGUGUCCCCACACCUGCCUCAAGCGCUGUCCUGGGCUUCUCAACAGAAUGUGGUCUCGUCAGACAUAUGGACACCAUUAGAGCCCACUGCAGGCAGGGAGCCUAAUGUGUGAACUUGUCUCCAGCUCCACCCAGAAGGGACAUCCUGAGCCCAGCUCCCUCCCAAGAGGCUUCUGCAGCCCUGGCUGCCUGGGUCUGAGCUGUUGAACUUGUUAGUGUGUGAUGACCGCUCUAAUGUGUCCCCUCCUGUACUUGUUUGUAAUACUCUUAAACAUAAUUGAGUCUUAAGAUGAAGGAAAUAAUCGUGCUGGUUCAACAUGACACAUGAUGUCCUCCCCCUGAAA